CUAUGAAUCUUGGGAGUAUUAGUAAAUACCACCUAGCAACAUUUUGUGUUGUCAAAAUUUUCGUCAAGUAGUAGUGAUCAGGGGUAGCGUGUACUGCAUACACACAAGAUGGAUGAGCCAUUUUCCAACCCCCUCCCUCCGGAGCAACACCUCCUGCAGGAGAAUGACUCCGACGAAUACGAGGAUGACCUGCAUUCGAUGACAAACGAAGACUUCCGGAAGCUGAUGAUGACACCCAGAGCGCCGAUGCCAUCGCAGACGCAGAGUGCGAGACUGCACACCAACAGUGACAUGCCGGAACACACCGAAAAGAGAGAGGCUGCAGAGGCCAGGAGGAAGAAGAAGAGUUAUUAUGCAAAGCUGAAGAAGUUGGAGGAAGAGAAGAAUGCAGAGCUUGCGCGAAAGUACCGUGAUCGUGCUAAGGAGAGGCGAGAGGGGGAUAACAAGGACUACGCAGAUGUUGAACAGAUUAGCACGACGGCUAACUAUAGAGCUGUAGCACCAGACAUCAAAUCGACAUCUGAUGCAGCGGAGCGGCGCAGACAAACGAUCCAGGAGUCCAAGUUCUUGGGAGGUGACAUGGAGCAUACUCACUUGGUGAAAGGACUGGAUUACGCCCUGCUGCAGAAGGUAAGGAGUGAGAUAGUGCUGAAGGAGCAGGAACAGGAGGAGUUGAUGGAGCAUGCCCUCAUGAACAAGACAAAGAAAGACAUAGACAAAGCAGCGGCUGCAGCUAAAGCCAAGGCUGAACAGGAGGAGGAAGAGAAAAUCAACUUCAAAAGCAAAUUAGGUAAAAACAUCUACCGGGUGUUGUUCAGGAACAAGGCACCGGAACGUAACGAGUUGUUCCUGCCGCGUAGGAUGGCAUAUGUCAUAGAACUGGAUGAUGAUUUUGCUGACUCUGAUGUUCCCACGACAACGAUUCGCAGCAAGGCAGAUUGCCCUAGUGUGGAGUCACAAACAACAUUGUCUACGAAUGACAUCGUCAUACAAAAGUUGACACAAGUGCUAUCUUACCUAAGGUCAGGUGAGAGGAGGAAGAAGAAGAAAGAAAAAGGAAAAGCUGAUGCUCCCAAAGGGAAGCUGCCGGGAGCAGACAAUGAAAUAUAUGCUGAGGCAGGCGACUACAUUUCUGGCAAGCCUGGAGCUGGCAAAAACAGCCGUGACAAAGAGAAGAAGAGUAAACCCUCUUACUUCGAUGAAGCUAAUGAAGAGGAUGCUGACAAGCGGGACAAGGGUAGAGAACGAGUAGGAGAGCGGAGAGAGAAGGAUCGGGAUCGAGGAAGGGAGCGACCGCGAGACAAGGACCGUGAGAGGAUGCACGAAGUCAUUGACAUCGUUAAAGACAUCAACCAGAAGUUCUCGCGGUUUGAGCCUCCAGCUAUGGAGAAGGCAGAGAAGGAAGACCCUAACUCUAUUACGAAGAAGAAGGCAAAGGAUAAUCAGAUUCCUGACAGUUAUGUGGAAUGUUACCCUGGCUUUGCAGAGAUGGCAGAUGCAAUGGAUGACAGUGACGAUGAGACAGACUACAGUAAGAUGGAUCUCGGUAACAAGAAGGGACCGAUUGGCCGUUGGGACUUUGACACCCAGGAAGAAUACAGCACCUACAUGAGCAACAAAGAAGCAAUGCCCAAGGCUGCAUUCCAGUUUGGAGUGAAGAUGUCGGAGGGACGAAAAACAAGACGUAACUUUAGUGAGAAGACAGAGAAGCAGAAGCUAGAUCAGCAGUGGCAGAAGAUCAGCAACAUUAUAAAGAAAAGAACUGCAGAAGAGAAAGACAACCCACAAUACAAGAGACCAAAAUACUGAGAAGCUACAAAAACUAGUUUCUGCAGCAUGGAUCAGCCACCCUAGUGUGCUUAUAUUUAUAUUAUGUUCAUGAAAUUAUAUUAGUUACUAAUAUGAUGAUGGUUUGUCUGUCUGGCUGGCUGUGCAAUCUUGUUCUCAAAUUUUAAAUGAUCAACGAAAGUAACAUCAUUAAUAUAACCUGUUCAGUAAGUCAACAGUUUUACUCUUGUUUACAUUGCACAUGCACUAUAUACAUGAUAUAAUCAAUGCUUGUUGACAUUGUAUAUGACUGGAAUGUCUAAACUUUGGUAAAUACAUCUUAGACAAGAAUUA